UUCCGAGGAUCAAAAAUGUUCGAAUACAAAUGCAGUCUGACUCAUCUUCACGUAUGACAUUAGAAAGAGAAGAAUCAACAUGUGAAGUCGACACCACAGUGAUGUUUAGAGGACAUUCGAAAAAUAGAUUGGAGAUGUUCAUCAUGCCACGAAAUCAAGUUGAAUAUUAUAUGAACCACACAGAAGUGAAGGAAAGAAGCACAGAAGUGUUCAUUCUGUUCAAUAGACGUGGAGACCGUUUCUCUUUACCAACAAUCGAUGAACUACCAGACAAGAAACUGAACAAAGAAGGAUCGACAACGCAAACGGAAU